AUGGCUACAACCACCAAUUACGCGACUACAAAAACUUCCACCAGACAAAUUUUACCACUUGCUUAUUCUCAACCACGCCCAAAUAUUUAUGCAACUCCUAACCAUAACGUUAAUACAUCGUAUACCUCACGUUAUGAUCCUAAGAUUGUUGCUUCUACAGCUAAUCCAUAUUAUUCUAACCAACAAAAUAUUCCAUAUCAAAAUAGCACAAAUGCUCACUAUACAACUAAUAGUGCAACUGCACCAUUAUCAACACAAUUAACUACUUUAGCUGCGCCACAGUUCAGAAAAUCUAAAAAUGCUUAUUGUUCAACAUAUUUUAGUCGUUUAAAAGAAGGUGAUACUGCUUUGUUGGUUCCGAUACAAACAAGAGGUGGUAAAAAACGACAAAGAGGUGUGAAUGGUGUUGGUGCAGGAGGUACGGGUAUUGGUGGUACUGGAGGUGGAUUGUCAUCAUCAUUAGGUGCAAAUUCUAUGCUGUUGGCAAUGGUUCAAAUGGUAAUGGCGAUGUUCCUGUCUCUAAAAGAAUUAGGAGCAGAACUAAACAUAUUUACAAAAGUAGAACGUAACGCUGAUCAAAGAGAUGUUUUGAUACCUAUAAGAUUAGAUGUUGAUCUUGAUAAUUAUAGAUUGCGUGAUUCUUUUACUUGGAAUCUUAAUGAAAAAUUGAUUACACCUGAACAUUUUGCUGGGAUAAUGUGUGACGACCUAGAUCUUCCAGUACAUGAAUUUGUUCCAAUAAUUGCUGAAUCUAUACGCACACAAAUACAAGAACAUGAACCAUUUGCCGAGAACGUUAGUUGA